UUCAGCCAUAGACAAGAAGACGGGGGAGAAAGUGGCCAUCAAGAAGCUCUGCCGCCCCUUCCAGUCGGAGAUCUUUGCCAAGAGAGCGUACAGAGAGCUCAUGCUGAAAAAAAAUAGCAAGUCAAGUGUCAUUGGGCUGCUUGAUGUCUUCACCUCCGCUCCCUCCUACCACGGAUUCCAGGACUUCUACCUGGUGAUGCCAUACAUGCGGACAGAUUUACAAAAGAUCAUGGGACAUGAAUUCAGUGAUGAAAAGAUCCAGUACCUGGUCUACCAAAUGCUGAAAGGGCUGAAGUACAUUCAUUCCGCUGGGAUCGUCCACAGGGACCUGAAGCCGGGCAACCUGGCUGUGAACGAAGACUGUCAGCUAAAGGGGGGUGAGAAAAUCUUGGAUUUUGGCUUGGCCAGACACGCCGAUGCGGAAAUGACCGGCUACGUGGUGACGCGUUGGUACAGAGCCCCAGAAGUCAUCCUCAACUGGAUGCAUUACAACCAGACAGUGGAUAUCUGGUCUAUCGGCUGUAUCAUGGCAGAAAUGCUGACCGGGAAAACGUUGUUUAAAGGAAAAGACUAUCUAGAUCAACUCACCCAGAUCCUGAAAGUAACGGGGCAUCCAGGAGAAGACUUCGUGGAGAAGCUGGAGGACAAAGCGGCUAAGAGUUAUAUCAAGUCCCUCCCAAAAAUCCCCAAGAAGGAUCUGUCGGUGCUUUUCCCCAAAGCCAAUCCUCAGGCAGUGGACCUGCUGGACAAGAUGUUGCAGCUCGAUGUGGAAAAGCGCCUCACAGCCACAGAGGCCUUGGCUCACCCUUAUUUCGACCAGUUCCGAGACGUUGAGGAGGAGACGGAAGCGCAACAGUCCUACGAUGAUUCUUUGGAACAUGAAAACCUUUCAAUAAAUGAGUGGAGAAAGCAUAUUUACAAGGAGAUCUUGUCCUUCAGUCCCAUCGCACGGAAGGACUCGAAGAAGCGAAGCGGGAUGUCGUUGUAG